UCUACAGUCACGAUCCUCGCCAUCCGUCGACCACAAGAUCGAAGAAGAUGGCCGCUGCAGUCCCUCGUUAUCGUUGCAUCCACGGCCAUACGUGGUCUUCACCCUUUAAAGUCUUCCUACCGGCCACUACAACCUCUGCGGCUUCUCAGCGAGCGUUUGCCACAACCACUGACGACCUUCCCACCACCAAACCACGGGUACGACCUACCACUUUCGCCGAUAAGCUCAAUGCUGGCCCAGCAUUCUCAGACUUUGUCUCAGGCCGAGAACAGCCGUUAGACCCGUCCGAAGCAUAUGCGCUGAAGACUGCACUGGUGGGUCCAGAAGGAAAGAAGAAACAGAUCACCCGACUGCCCUCGUGGCUCAAGACGUCCAUUCCAGACACCUCAAAUUACAAGAAGAUAAAAAAUGACCUUCGAGGUCUCAAUUUACACACUGUGUGCGAAGAGGCUCGAUGUCCCAACAUCUCCGAAUGCUGGGGUGGGAGCAGCAAAUCCGCCGCAACAGCAACAAUCAUGCUGAUGGGUGAUACAUGCACACGAGGAUGCCGUUUUUGCAGUGUUAAAACUUCCAAAGCACCACCUCCUUUGGACCCACAUGAGCCGGAACAUACAGCUGAAGCCCUGUCUAGGUGGGGGUUGGGUUAUGUGGUUCUCACCAGCGUCGACCGAGAUGACUUGGCUGACGGCGGUGCUCACCACUUCGCCGAGACAGUCCGCAAGAUUAAGUCGAAAGCGCCGUCUAUACUUGUGGAGUGUUUGACGGGUGACUACGCUGGUGAUCUAGACAUGGUCAAGCUGGUCGCGACGUCAGGGCUGGACGUUUACGCGCACAACGUCGAGACGGUCGAGGCGCUGACACCUCAAGUUCGUGAUCGAAGGGCUACGUUCAGACAGUCUCUUAGUGUCUUGAAGGCAGCCAAAGCAGCGAGACCGGACCUGAUUACCAAGACAUCCAUAAUGCUCGGGCUAGGCGAAACCGAGUCACAGCUCUGGGAUGCACUAAGAGAACUGCGCGCGAUAAAUGUCGAUGUGGUGACUUUCGGACAGUACAUGCGACCAACAAAGCGACACAUGGCCGUACACGAAUAUGUCACACCAGAUGUAUUUGAGCAAUGGAGGGUCAGGGCGCUCGAGAUGGGGUUCCUCUACGUGGCCAGUGGACCUUUGGUUCGAAGCAGUUAUAAAGCUGGCGAGGCGUUUAUUGAGAACGUCCUGAAGAAGAGAAGAGCUGGAAGGGCGGAGACCGCCAAUGCGGAUAUUGCUGGCGAUAUACCUGUCAAGACGGUCAAGCUCGGGAAAGCGUGAACUGGUCUACUUUGUAUGAUUUUGAAUGAUGCCGGCUCUGGUUUUGAAGCACGUCCGCCUGUUGGCGAGUUUUGCUGGUUGCAUAGACAGAAUUGCAAUGAAGCGAAGUCAUUGUCAACCAAUGACUAAGAUACUCAGGUCAGGCCUAGGUUGUGUCUCUUGACUUUUCGCCCCAUUGACGCAACCGAAGUUUGAUGGUAUAUCAUGUUACUGCCAGGCCAA